AUGUGCGGGGCGCGCAUAUCGUGUUGUUCUCGCGUGGGCGUACACUUCGCUCUUCCGCGAGGCCGCGGCCAGCUUGUUUGCACCGCGAGGCGAACGUUCCCGCGCCCGUCGGCGACUGCGGUCCCCGAACAAGGGCGGGGCGGGGCGCCGACGAAGAUGGAUGCCAGCGUGGACCCCGAGUUCAUGAAGAUGGCGCAGGAGCAGAUGGCCAAGCUACGCCCGGAGCAGAUGCGUGCCAUGCAGGAGCAAAUGGCGCGGAUGUCGCCCGCACACAUGGCACAGGCACAGGCGCAGCUCAAGAACAUGACGCCGGAGCAGAGGAGGCAGGCCGCGGAAGCGAUGAAGAACAUGAACGAGGACGACAUCACGAAGGCCACGGCCCAGGCCCAGCAGUACAUCUCCUCGCAGUCGCAGCAUUUGCUUGACGGCGCCGAGCAGCUCAAGAGGGACGGCAACAGCCUGUUCCAGCAAGGCAGGUACGACGACGCCAUGUCCAAGUACAGGCGGGCGCGGCAGAACUGCGACGGCGACAAGAGCGACCGCGCGCGGACCAUCGAGACCGCGUGCCUGGGCAACAUCGCCAACUGCCAGCUCAAGCUCAACCGCCACGCUGAUGCCGCCAGCACGUGCACAACCCUCCUGAGCAAGCACGGCGACAACGCCAAGGGCUACUACCGCCGCGGUAUCGCGCGGCUGGCCCUGAACCAGCGGCAGGCCGCGGUCGAGGACCUGGAGCAGGCCAAGCGGCUGUCCCCCGGCGACGAGACGGUCAGUGCCAAGUUGGAGGAGGCACGGGCGGCGCUGGAGCGCGAGGGCGCGGGGGCGGCGCCCGCGGCUACGGAGGAGGCAGAGGGGAGCGUGGCGGACGCGGGCACGCAGGGCGCCGAGGCUGCGGCGGCGGCGAGCGCGGGCCUCGGGAACAGCCAGGCGCGCAACAUUGCCGAGCAGCUGAAACGCGACCCCGCGAUGGCGCGGAAGGCAGCGGAGUCGCUCAAGAACAUGUCGGACGAACAGAUCGAGGCGCUCCUGAAGCAGGGAACCCUGGGCCCGGGUAUGACGGAGGGCAUGUCGCCGGACCAGGUCCGCAUGGCUGCGACGAUGAUGUCGUCGAUGUCGCCAGAGGAGCUCGCGUCGUACGCGUCGAUGGCGGAGGCGAUGCGCGACGGCGGAGCGCCGGCCGCGAGCGGCGGCGCGUCGGGAGCGGUUCCGCCGCAGAGCACGGCUCGGAUGGCGGAGGAGGCGAUGAAGAACCCGAAGAUGGCGGAGGCUGCGGUGAAGAUGAUGUCGAGCAUGCAGCCGGAGCAGCUCAAGCAGAUGCUGCGCAGUCAGGGCCUGGACGCCUCCGACGCACAGGUGGAUGCGCUGCGGAAGGUGUUCUCAUACGUCAAACCCCACCACCUGCAGUGGCUGACGCGGGCCGCGGGCGUGGCGCGCAAGACGGCCCGCGUGGCCACGCACCGCGUCACGCUGGCGCUCCUGGCGCUGCUGGCGGCGUACGUCCUCUACUCGUGGUACAUGCGGUCGGUGAGUGCGAGCUACGCGGCGGCCACGGCCAUGCAGGACCGGCUGCGGAAGGCCGGGGAGAAGCUGAUGAAGGUCGACCCCAGCGGGUGGGUGCACGACGACUUUUGA